AUGACUGAAAGUGAGAAAGAUAUUUCUGUGGAGGAGCUCGAGGAGACGGUGAAACGCACAGAUGAGCAACUUGACCUGAUGGCGUGGAAGAUAGAAGAUGGAGACAAAGAUCUGGUGGUGCCUGUAGACGGCCAGGACAUGUGUAUUAUGAACCUGCUCAAAUCUGUUUCUGAGGUGCGUUCGGACUACCAGCAGCUAAGACAAGAGCUGGAAGAAGUUCAGGCUCUACAACGUGAACUCUCUUCGAGAUUGCGCGCGCAACUACGGAUCGUACAUGGGAAGUUUGCACGACUACGUCAACGUCUGGCCGUUGCUUCACCUCCACGUUAAGUACAACAUUAGGGCCUCACAUGUCUUGUGCAUCGAAAGGCACAUUAUUACAUAUUAUUCUAACGGUGUUUCUGGCCCGCACAUCAAUUGUAUGGUAAGAACUGUGAGAAAUUCAACGGAAUUCCUUGCAGUUCCGCCUCGUACCAUCAUACUAUUCUUUUUGGACCAGGUUAGUCGAUGAGAGAUUCGCGGGCACAAUUCAGCUUUGCAUAGGGAAGUGCAAAUGCAGUUGGCUGUCAACGUUUUUCAUUUAUUAAAUUGCAAUUGUAUAUUUGAGCUGGAUAAUUAUGUGGUAGUAAUAUGGCCUAUUAUGAAGUAGUCUAAAUGGAGCGGAGAACGUGAUUUUAUGACGUCCUUCACAUGUCAUGACGUCACGUUCAUAAGGUCUUAAAAGUAAAAUAAAAUUCUAAAUUUGGUAUUUAUGAAAAUUGUUAACAUUUUUUUUAAAGCUUGAGAGGUUUAGAAAGUUAUAAUAAUCUCGAAUGGUCUGGAAAAAAUCACUAGUGUCCCAAUCUAAACUUACUCGAAUAAACGAAAAUGUGCCAAUGUUUAGAAGUAUCGUAGAUACAGGUGCACAUUUAGCACAAACACUUAGCCGUUUUUGAAUUGUGAUCUCAAUCCAGUGUAAUAUCUAAUAAUAAAUGUUAAAGAAUAAUCAGUUAUGAGCCGAGCACACGACACAGAUUUGCACUAAAUUAAGUACUAAGUCUGUUAAGAGUCGUUAUGCCAUCAAUUAUUAAUGACAAAUGGCGAGUAAUUUGGGCCAAAAGACUUCUCGAAGCGACGAUAUGAAUCAAGACGACGCGAAACCAAAGAACACUCGCGAAAAGCGAAAGUGGCUCCACAUUUUCGCAACUUCGUCUCAGUACAUAUACAUAUUCAAACAGUCUUUACUAAGCACUAUAUUAUGCAAGCACCAUAGCACUAGAUGCUUGCGUUAAUUAAUCAAUACACAGUCGUGUGUAAGGUCUAAACGAACUAGUCUGCUUUUAAUGUGACUAUUUAGUUCAAAACGUAGCGAAAUUGUAUUUUGUAUCUAGUAUUUUAGUUUGGAUAGGGUAAAAAGUAAGUUGGUGCUAACGUGAACGCAUUGCGUGUGUCUGAAAAACAAAACGAAAUUAUAAUAAAAAAAUCUUUAUUUCCCUUUUGCCCAUGAACCCAUUACUAGUGGAGCAUUAUAUAAAAACAAGUUUCCUUGCAGCACAACUGCUUUAAAAUUAUUGAGGCAAAAGGGAAAGAAGACGUCAGGUUAUAGACAAAUUCCAAUAAAUGAAAUACCAAAGACGUGUUUGAUCAAUCGAGAGUCAAUUUGUGAACAUCAGCAAUAGGUGGAUAUGGAACGAAUUUAAAGUAGUUUAAUCGAACAAAUGAUUUUAAAGUUAGUGUUUAUGAAACUGUUUACUUGGAUUUGUUUUUUGUAAUGUUUUGUUUUUGUAGUGGCUUAUAAUUGUUAUCAAAGAAUGGAAAUAUUGAAACCGAUGGUGAGAUUGAAGCUACCAUUUCCAAAUGCUUCUUAUAUAUUAUUAAGUACAUUUUUGUAUUUCAUAUGAAAAUUUGCUUUCCGUCUUUUUGGAGGAAAAGGUUUUUACCGUCGUCCCCACUCUGUGGCUCUGGCAGGUAAAUGAGACACCUGCUUAUAUUUUUCGUUAUAUUUCACCUGGUUGUGAUAUUUGACAUCACAAUUUCCAAUCAUUGAUAAAAAAAUGAAUGUCGGCGGUGAAUGAUUCAAAAUGGAUUUACAAUAAUUUUAUUUCUAUUUGCUAACCUCGUACACAGUUUAAUCCACGUUAAUAAAUUAUUGCACAUAUCACGCACUUGCAUGUUUGUUGCUAUUUCUUCACUUUUUGAUGGGGCAAGAUACAAACAAAAGUAGAUACAUUGUUUUUGUAAGUGUCAGGGUAUGGGGAUUUAAAUGGAUGGAGAGGUAUCACGUGCCAAAACAAAGUCAUAUUUUUCGUUCCAAUUUCAUGUAUCAAUUAAUUAUGAGGUUUCUUGUCCCAUCACUAAAGCACGAAUUCAUAAUAGAUGUAAGGGAAAUACAUGUCUGAAACUAUGUGUAAGCCUAAAUUUACCAAGUAUACCUGAUUCUUAGAGACUAAGUAGCAUAGUUCCCUGUAUGGUUUUUGAUAUGAUUUUUAUAACACCCGACACUUUGGCUUUUUCAUGUGAAUUUUAAAAAGCCAAACGGGAUUUAGUGAAUUUUAGAACGUUGUCUGGUAGGCGACUUAAGUGUAACUUGCUCAAGUUACUUAGUGAAAUCUUAAUCUAUAGUGAAUUACUUAAAAGUAAAAGUGGAACAGCAAAUAAUGAAACAUAGUCAUAAUUACUUAAUCGAAUAAUUUUAACGUUUCUUCAAGCGAAUGUUUCUCAAAUGUAAAAUUGCUCUGAGCACGUCCAUUUCUAUAGCACAAUAUUUAAAAUUACACAAUUGUCAGUGUUGUGAUUACAUUUAAUAAAUUUUGCUUGGCACUUGCUAUAAUUAACGUUUACAUUUUUCCUACUUUUCUUUGUAACUUAUUGAUAAUUUUUUGUCACAUUUAGGGUCUUCCAUAUCUACAGCUUCUAUUCUGGUAUCCUUUUGUCGACGAUUUCAUUAGUAACAAAAACAACACAAGACUUCAACGUUGCAAUAUUUCCUGCUCAUUUCUCUCUAGGACUCGGAAUAUGUGAUAUUAUAAAAAGUUGACGGGGACAACACUGCUUCUAGAAUUAUAAAAAUAGUUCCAAGCCGACCGACGUAGAAUGGUCGCCGUUGUUGCAAGUAUGGAAGGCUCUUAAAUAUUCAUAUAUAUGUUAUGUCCAACAUGUCCAUGUUCAAUCUCAAAUCAAA